UCUAACCUGUCGUUUUUGUCCUGUUUAACCACAUGUCUACCGUACCAGUGUCCCUCCACUGUUGUGUGCAGCGUGCUCAGGUAGGUCGGCAGGUAUUCACUUCCUGUUCAAAUAACAACUCCAGCCGUUUCUUGUCCUGUUCCCACUCUGCCUCCUUUAUAUAUCUACCACAAGUUCAGUGUAUGAUGUAUGGUUGAAAUCGGUUGACAGAUAUUCAUGCCAGGGCGCAAGCCGCCUUUGUACCUAGUUUUUGCCUCUGUUUCAUCUCAGAUUCCAUGUGCGAUGUUGCGCCGUUAGCCUUUACUUUGUGCCGCACCCGCGACCACCCCUUUAUUCUGCUUGACCUGUUUCCAGCUACUUAACGUUGGAUUCAGCCGCGCAACAGGGCUCUGAGUUCCUCAGUAACGGGUUGAAGCCUAUGGCAGGUACAACAGCCACAGUUGCAAAGGUUGCUUCUUUCACAUUUGGGGAGGAGGAACAUCCAUUGGAAGAGUCAGUUAAUGCCAAUGGUAAACAGCGUUCAAGUGCACCAAAUGCGAAAGCGGGGCCUUCCAAGGUGGCUAGGACCACCGGGUUGGCCAAAGACUGAAGGCCACGUACAGUUGUCUGUUUUUAUUGUUUAUGUAUGUUUGUUUUGGUUCAACUCCUUGUAGUCAGGCUGUAUUGUUUUACAACAGCUUCGAUAAGAUAUGUAUCUGUAUGUAUUGAGCUUGCUGCUUCACUGCAGAGAGGUGCAAUUUGCAUGUGACUUACCAGAAC